CCGCAAAGAGUACCGGGAAAGCCGAAAAAAGCCCUAGAUUUGGGCUUCCCCGGUCGAUCUAACUCUGUUAUACGACCUGCAUUCAUCGGAUCCGAUCAUAUAUUUACGUUUUUCUUCGAUUUGAAUCGGUUCUGCAUUGAUACUUCGGUGCCUGAAAUCAUUUUUUUUUGUUCAGUUUGAAAGCCAGAGAUCGUUACUAUUGUUGAACCAAUUUUGAAAACUUGUUUACGGAGACUUGCCGAAGAUCUGCAUUUUGAAAACUUUUGAUGCUUUGAUAUCCAAGAUCUGUUAUUCGACUGGAAAGCGCGGCUUUUUCCUUUUUUUAAAUCGUGAAACAAGACUAUUGCUUCUGGAAUAUCGUUAUUUGAGAUGGAUUCGUUGUCUGCAAUCAGUGAGGAGCUAGCUGAAAUCGAUGGACAGAUUAGUGAUAUUUUCCGGGCUCUAUCAAAUGGAUUUCAGAAAUUGGAGAAGAUUAAGGACCCUAACAGGCAAAGUAGGCAAUUGGAAGAACUUACAGAAAAGAUGCGGGAAUGUAAGAGGCUUAUCAAAGAGUUUGAUAGAGGACUGAAGGAAGGAGAAAGUAGAAAUAGUCCGGACGACAACAGGAUGCUCACUGACAAAAAACAGUCAAUGAUCAAGGAAUUGAAUUCCUAUGUUGCUCUAAAAAAACAAUAUGCAAGCAAUAUGGAAAACAACAAGCGAGUUGAUCUCUUUGAUGGGCCUGGGUGUGAUGAAGAGAAUGUUUUAUUGGCUUCUUCUAUGUCUAAUCAACAAUUAAUAGAUAGAGGAAACCAUAUGAUGGAUGAUACUGAUCAGGCCAUUGAGCGCUCAAAGCAGGUUGUUCAACAAACAAUCAAUGUUGGAGCUGAGACGGCAGCUGCUCUCAAGGAACAGACAGAACAAAUGAGUAGGAUUGUCAAUGAGCUGGACUCGAUCCACUUCUCUAUCAAGAAGGCAUCUAAACUGGUUAAGGAAAUUGGUAGGCAGGUUGCAACUGACAAGUGUAUAAUGGCCAUGCUUGUCCUGAUUGUCAUUGGCGUCAUAGCCAUCAUCAUUGUGAAGCUUGUGAACCCUAAUAACAAGGACAUUCGGAAUAUUCCUGGGCUUGCCCCACCAGCUCCUGCACGGAAACUUCUUUGGGAUCUGAAUUAGCGUACAGAAAGAGAACCAUCUCAUGCGACUGUUG